UGUUCAUAAAGAGAAGUUUUGAUAUAAAACGAUAAAGCGAGUGAAGUGAUAAAACAAAAUAUAAUAAGAAAAAAAUUAAACAAAUAUUUGGAUUAAGAAUUUAAAAGAAAUUUAUUAACAUAUAAUACUAAAACAAAAAAUGUUUUAAACGAAUUUUUUAAGUUUAAAAAGAAAACUGCACUUUGCUAUAUAGGCAGCUAAAUUUCUUUCAAAAAGAAUUUAAAAGGUCUAGUGGUUUCUUUGAAGAAGUUGCACAGCCAGUUUUUUACAAUUUGGAUACAUAGAGUGAAGAGUAGCUAAAGAAAUUUUAGUUUCAGUAAUAAAAUGCUUAAGAAUUUUACGCAAAAUAUGAAAUAAAAACAAAAACAAGUGGAAAAGAGAAAAGAAAAAUUAAUUUUAGUUAAAGAAGAAAAAUUUUGAAUUUAGAAAAAAGUGGCCAUAUUUUAGAAAUUAUAAAAAACAAAACUAAAUUAUUAAUUUAUAAUUUUAAAGAAAAAAAUUUACUAUUUUAAUAAAAUAAGUGAAGUUUGCCACAAUUAUUAACAAAACCCAAACCAAAACCAGUGUUGCCAUAUAUUUAAAUAAAGUGUACAAGUUAAAAAAUAUAAAAAAUUAACAAGAUUUGUUAAAAAAAAAAUCUCCAAAAAUAUGUGGCAUUGUAAAAAUAUAUAAAUUUUCUUAAAAGAAACUCCUAAAAUCAAUAAAAGAAAAUGUUGCAGUCUUUGGAUACUACUUCCUUAAAUCGUUCCAAUACCUCUUUGUCUUCUGUAACACCCUCUACACCCACUACUAUUAGCUCCACAACAUCAUCUUCAGAGGAAAAACAACAGCGCCGAAGAUCUACCUUUUAUGUGCCCUUGGUUAUAGAAGACGACGAACCGGAAACCUCUGGCCAGCAUAACGACGAAGUUGAUAAAAGCUCUACUAGUGGCAGUUUGUCCAGUUUAGCUAGUCAUUCUACUAGUAGCAAGGAUUUGAAAAAUUCUAGUAAUAUUAACUUAAAGAAAUCCUCUUCUACUAUAUUCAAACCCAGUAGUAGUAAACAGCUAACGGGUUCCCCUAGAAGUGCCACCACUUCUGUUAAGGUUACUACUUUACUAUUUGAAAGAGCUAAUAGUACUUUGGGUUUUAGCACCACUUCCUCUAACUCCUCUACCGCUUCUUCGGGCUAUAGAAGUGGUAGUUCUAAGAGUUCUAAGAAAAUGGCUCCACCCUGUGGUUUUAAUUGGAGUUUAAGUGGGGUAACAGAUGAUAUGUCAGCCGAUUUGGAUGAUGAUAGUGAUGCGGCCGAGUUUAUUAUAGCCAUGCAUAAAAAUAAGACACCCAAGUCCACUAUAACUAAUACACCGGUUAAGGAAACUUCCUCUACUAAUAACACACUAAAUAGUAACAAGAGAUCUAGCAAAACAUCGUUAAGUUCGGCCAAGACCACCUCUACCAAUAGAUUAAGUUCCAUAAGUAAUAAAUCCCUGCUGCAGACUAACGCAAGCAACAAUCAUUCCACUCCCAUAGCCAAGCAAAGAGCCCAAUCGCAAUCUACAGCCAGAACUAAACGCUAUGGCAUAGUUUUAAAUGGACUAGAUGACUCAAACUCUCCACGAAGCUCCUUAGGAUCAACAAUAUCCGAACAAUUGAAUACUACAGAGGCGCGCAAAUCCUCUAGCUCCUAUAAAAGUUCCAACUCGAACAAAUGGCCUUCCCCGGCACCAAGAACCCAGUUUAAUGAGGAAAAUGAUAUAGUGGUAACCCCCAAUACAACGUCAUCAAUUCAUACACAACGUAGUAAAACCAAUACAAAACAAACCCCCAUUAAAAUGAGAGACAACAGCACAGCCACUACUCUUAAGUCAACACCAGCGACACCAACAACACCAAUACAAAAUUGCAAUACGGAAUACGAUGAUGACGAUGAUUCAGAGAUAAGUCGCAUGCAGACCAAUACAUCGACACCCAUUAAAAUGAUGAAAUCACGCUCGCGUACCAACAUCUUAUCAGUACCCUCAAACAGUAACAACUCCCCCACCUCCUGCUCCUCCUCUCAAACAUCUUCAGUUUCUAUGGCGUCUAAACAUCUACAAAGCUCUGAGCAAAAUCUAAUCAAUGUCGCCAAAAUAAAAGCUUCCACUUCAACAAACACUAAUACUAAACAAAACACAAAUACUUCAAUAACUACCACUACACCCACCAAAACCAUAUCUAACAAUAUGGUUACAUCUACUCCCUGUGUUUUGCGUAUUAAAGCGAAAACUUUGCCGCAAAAUUUAUCGCCCUCAGUUGCUUUAAAACAAGGUGAAGCAUUAGAUCACGCCGCUUCAACCUCAACAACGGUUACCACUAAUAAUAUAAAAUCGAAAAAAUCUCCUCUGGAAACAUCGGCCUCUUUAAAUCGUAAAUUUGGUGGCAGUCAAGCGUGUCAUUUGAAUCGUGAUAGUGCAAAAAAUGCCAAAACAAAUACUAUAAUAACCACUGCAUUUCCACCCAAGAAUUUGUUUCUUUUGAAAUCUACCCCGAAAUUAACAAAUUCCAUGUCCUCCAAUUCGGAUAAUUCCCUAACCUCACCACCUAACGCCAAUAAUACCAAAAACUAUCCACCACAUCCUCAUCAAAUUACCUCACCCGCCAAAAAAUCUCUCUCCUUUAUACGUCGCGCCCAUUCGACCAAAUUAUCGCGCAGUAACUCGCUUUUAAAAUCCAUUGCCUCACAACAUCAACAACAAAUGCAUGGCCCAAAUACAGGCAGUAACUCCUCUAGCGGUACUACUUUCUGUACCGGUAGUUGGGGUAAAGAUUUCUAUUUACAAUACGAUGUCUGUCCAUUGGCACUCGAUGAAUUGGAUUCAUAUUUUCGUGCGGAAAAAUGUCCCGAAUUAAUACGCGAACGUUUUAAAAUAUCCGAUGUUGUUACUUCAUGCUCGGCUAAUGAGGAGAAUUGUUCGGCUACGGAGACAUUAAUACAGGAUAAUUCGAAUGCCUCAUCGAUGGGAGAGGGUACUAUACGUAAUAUAGAUAGUAGCUGUAGUAGUCCCUCGGAUAAGGAACUGUCGCAUGAUCAUCAUGAUCAUUUACAUGGUGAUGAUGACGAUGAUGAUGCUGGACAUCAUUCGGUUAUGUGUAUUCCUUUCUAAUGUAAACAUCAAAAUGAGUACAAGAAAAAGACUUUGUUUAAAAGAUAAAUUAAAAAUUGUGGAUGAUCAUCGAAAUGGUUUACGUGUAACAGAUUUGUAUAAAAAGUAUGGUAUAAAAAAAUCCACAAUUUGUACCAU